CCGCUUGCCCCGCGCCUUAGCGGCGGUCGCGACGGCCCAGGGCUGAGGAGAGAGGCGGCGGCCGCCCGCUGAAGGGCCCCCGGCUGCCCGAGCUUCCAGGGCAUGUUGUUAUGGCUGCUGAGAAGGGGCUGCAGGAAUACGGGGCACUUUGCAUUCAAGAAUACAGAAAAAGCAGCAAAGUGGAGUCAGAUACACCUAACAGCUUCAUGGGCCUGAAGGAUCGUCUGGGGCAUGACCUCAGCCACCUUUAUGUGGAGAGCCCUGAUCCACAUUUGAGUGCAGCUGUAUCUUGGUCAAUGAUGGAAAAACCAACGAUGGAUAAGCUUAACUCCACAAAGGAAGAAACAGAGAAAGAGAUGUCUGAAGAGAAUGCAAGCUCUGGUGACUCUGAAGAAAGCACGAAUUCUGAUCAUGAGUCAGAGCAAUUGAGUAGCAUUUCAGAAGAGCCAUGCUUAUUAACCAAGACUCACAGGCAACUAUGUAGGUCCCCCUGUUUAGAGCCUCACAUACUCAAACGCAAUGAGAUUUUGCAAGACUUUAAAACUGAAGAGUCCCAGACUAUACCCAAGGAAAUGAAGAAACCCCCUGAUGUGGUGCGAGAAUACCAAACAAAACUGGAGUUUGCACUUAAGUUAGGUUAUUCUGAAGAGCAAGUUCAGCUUGUGCUAAACAAACUUGGUACCAAUGCUUUAAUCAAUGAUAUUUUGGGAGAACUUGUCAAACUUGGAAAUAAAAGUGAGACUGAUCAAACAGUUAGUACAAUUAAUAGUAUAAUGUGGGAAGCAUCUUCCCUGGAAUCUCAGAGGUCUGAAUCUCCAAUGCAAGAGAUUGUAACAGAUGAUGGUGAAAAUCUGAGACCAAUAGUUAUUGAUGGCAGCAAUGUGGCAAUGAGCCAUGGAAACAAAGAAGUAUUUUCCUGCUGAGGAAUAAAAUUGGCAGUAGAUUGGUUUUUGGACAGAGGACACAAAGAUGUUACUGUUUUUGUUCCUGCUUGGAGAAAAGAGCAGUCCCGACCUGAUGCUGUUAUUACAGAUCAAGAAAUUCUACGCAAACUAGAGAAAGAGACAAUCCUGGUGUUCACGCCGUCCCGACGAGUCCAGGGGAGGCGAGUGGUGUGCUAUGAUGACAGGUUCAUUGUGAAGCUGGCUUUUGAGUCGGAUGGCAUUAUUGUAUCCAAUGAUAACUACAGGGACCUGGAGAACAAAAAACCAGAGUGGAAGAAGUUCAUAGAUGAGCGAUUAUUGAUGUAUUCAUUUGUCAAUGACAAGUUCAUGCCCCCUGAUGAUGCUCUUGGCAGACAUGGCCUAAGCCUGGAUAAUUUUCUAAGGAAGAAACCUAUUGUUCCUGAACACAAAAAGCAGCCUUGUCCAUAUGGUCCAGCACAGCUAGGGGAGUUGCUCAAAGGUGGCAGCCCAGAUUCUCCCACCUCCUACCUGGGACAGCACUGA